AUGGGUCUCAAGGCCUCCUCUUCUCUCCUCUGUCUCGCCGUCUUACUCGGUGUCUCCUCCAUUGUAUCAGCGGUUAACAUAACCAGAGCACUCGAGAAAUACCCUGAAUUCAGCACCAUGACCGAGCUUUUCGCCAAGACCGAGCUCACACCGAUCAUCAACAAACGUCAGACCAUCACCGUGUUGGCUCUUAGCAACGAUGCAAUCAAAUCCAUCUCUGAUAGACCCGAGGAGGAGCUCAAGAACAUUCUCAUGAACCAUGUGGUUCUUGACUACUACGAUGAGCUCAAGCUCAAGGCUCUUAAGGACAAGAGCACAUUGCUCACUUCCCUUUACCAAUCCACCGGUUUGGGCCAGCAGCAAAACGGUUUCCUAAACUGCUCCAAAUCUAACGGGAAGAUUUACUUCGGCUCUGCUGUGAAGGGCGCUCCUCAAACCGCUGAGUACAUCACGACCGUGUUCCGUAACCCGUACAAUCUCUCUGUGGUUCAAAUCAGCAUGCCCAUUGUGGCUCCUGGACUCGGGUCUCCGGUUAAGGUUCCUCCACCACCACCAAUGUCUUCACCACCGGCUCCAUCGCCCAAGAAGGAUGCAGCCACUCCAGCUCCUGGACCAGCUGAGGUAGAGGACUACGCAGAUGCUCCUCCUGGUUCAGCUCCCGAAACCGCACCUGCAUCAGCUCCAUCGGAAGAUGGUUCUCCUGCUCCAGCUCCAGAGAACGCUGGUAAGAAGAAGAUGGCUGCAGCUGAUGAAGCUGAACCACCUACUUCUGCUUCUAACCCCGGUUUGACCUUUGGUGCGGUCCUUGUUCUUGGGUUUGUGGCUAGCUUUGCUGGGUUCUAA